AUGUCGAGGUAUGCUAAAUUUUUGAAGGAGUUGCUUAUGAACAAGAGGAAAUUGGAGGAAGUGCCUUCAGUGACACUUAGUAAAGAGUGUUCAGCGUUGAUCACUAACAAACUCUUCAAGAAGAAGAAAGACCCUAGAGGAUUCAUUGUUCCUUGCACAAUAGGAGGGUUGGUAAAUGAGAAAGCUCUUGCUGAUCUUGGUGCAAGCAUCAAUCUCAUACCCUAUAAAAUCUUCCAAAAACUUGGGCUUGGAGAACCAAAACCCACCGCAAUGAUUCUACAGUUAACCGACAGGUCCAUCAGGCAACCAAGAGGGAUAAUAGAAGAUAUUUUGGUUAAGGUGGAUGAUGUGUUCUCCACAAGUUCACAGGUUGAGGUAUCAUUGAUUUUAGAAAGGCCAUUUUUAGCAACUUUAAUGGCUUUUAUUGAUGUUAAGGAUGGUCGGAUAACACUCCGAGUUGGAGAAGAGGAAGUGGUUUUCAAACUUCGAGACUCUAUGCGGCACACUAUGGACUUUGAUGACACUUGUUAUUUUAUAGAUGUUAUUGACGGAGUUAUUUCUGAAUUUGUGCAGGAUACAUUUUUAAAGGAUAAGCUCUCUGAAUUAUUAGAAGAUGAUCCUGUCGAUGAUGAAGCUGGGGAAGAAGUGAUGAUAGAAUCUUAUUACCUUUAG